AUGGCCAACUACCUCGCCUCCAUUUUCGGCACCGAGCAGGACAAGGUCAACUGCAGUUUCUACUACAAGAUCGGCGCGUGCCGCCACGGCGACCGCUGCUCGCGCAAGCACGUCAAGCCGUCGUACAGCCAGACCAUCCUGCUGCCGAACCUCUACCAGAACCCGCAGUACGACCCCAAGAACAAGAUGAACCCCCAGCAGAUGCAGAUGCACUUUGAUGCGUUUUACGAGGACAUCUGGUGCGAGCUGUGCCAGUACGGGCUCGUGGAGGAGGUCGUCGUGUGCGACAACAACAACGAUCACCUCAUCGGCAACGUCUACGUGCGCUUCAAGUACGAAGAAGACGCGCAAAAGGCCUGCGACGCGCUCAACUCCCGCUGGUAUGCGGGCCGCCCCAUCUACUGCGAGCUGUCGCCCGUCACCGACUUCCGCGAGGCCUGCUGCCGCCUCAACAGCGGCGAGGGCUGCGUCCGCGGCGGCUUCUGCAACUUCAUCCAUCGCAAGGAGCCGAGCCCCGAGCUCGACAGGGAUCUGGAUAUGAGCACGCGCAAGUGGCUCAAGGAGCGUGGCAGGGAUGAGAGGAGCAUGAGCAGGAGUCCCACGCCGCCGAUCAAGCGGUAG